UCCAAGGCAGCAGGUAUGGUACUCUUGGCUUCUGAUUUCACCUGGGUCCUGACUGUUCCUGCCAUCUGGGAUCUUUCAGCUAAACAGUUCAUGAGAGAAGCUGCAAUGGAGGCAGGUAUUGUGGAAGAGGAAUCUGAGGAAAAACUGGUGAUUGCACUGGAACCAGAAGCUGCUUCAAUCUGGUGUAAGAAGCUUCCAUCAGAUGGAUUCAUCGCAGAAAAACACAAUGGUAUUCCUUUGGAUCAACGCCAAGGAUCUCAGUACAUUGUUGUUGACUGUGGAGGAGGAACCAUUGACAUCACUGUUCAUGAAGUCCUGGAAGGAGGAGCCUUAAAGGAGCUGCACAAAGCCUCUGGAAACGAUCUGGGAGGACAAACUGUAGACAGGAAGUUUAAAGAGUUCCUUAGAGAAAUAUUCACUGAUGGAGUCUGGGAUGAAUAUGAAGAAAAAUAUCCCAGUGAGGUUCAGAAGUUGAUGUAUGAUUUUACUGUUCUCAAACAGCCAGGUGAAGAUGUACAGUUCAUAUGUCCAUUUAAUCUGGGACAAGUAGCUCAGAAAAAGAAAAAGUUAGAGAAGUUCUUUGAGUCUGUGAAAGGUGCGUCCUGGAAUGAUGGAUCAAUAAAAAUUUCCAAAGAAAAAAUGAGAUAUUUCUUUGAGGAGAGUCUGCUGGGCAUCACCAGGAAUCUUAGGGAAAUCCUUGAUAAAAAUUACAGAAUUGAGUAUGUUUUGUUAGUUGGGGGUUUCGCGAAUAGCCAGAUUCUGCAUCAGUACAUUAUUGAUCAGUUUAGUGAUACCUGUAGGAUUCUGUGUCCUUUCAGAGCUCAGGAAGCAAUCAUGAAAGGAGCUGUUGAGUUUGGAAGAAAACCGUCCUGGGUUGCAUCUCGAAAAAGCCCCUACACAUACGGGGUGGCCCUCUGUGAGCCCUUUGAUGAGCUCAGACAUAAGCCAGAAAAGAAAUUCAUGAUUGGUGAGGAGAAAUGGUGCUGUGAUAGGUUCAUGACAUUGGUGCGUGUACGUGAAGAUGUCCAGUGGGAUGAGACUAGAGAACUCAUCCUUUGUCCGGUAGAGGAAGAUCAGACAUGCAUGAUGAUGAGAUUUUAUCGCACAGAAAGGAACUUUCCUAAGUAUGUUGAUGACUUGGGAGUUGAGGAAGUUGGUUCAUUUGAUGUUCCAAUGCCUAACAUUAGUGGAGGUAGAGAGCGCCAGGUGAAGUUAGAAAUCAGGUUCGGCUCCACAGAAAUAACAGCUACAGCCACAGACAUGACUUCUGGUUCAAAAGGGUUAAUCAAGUUUGACUUUGUUAGGACAGAUGAUCCAAGGUGUGUUGAGCCUUACGGUAUUUAUAUUACUCUCCAGACGGAAAAACACUACCAGAAUUAGAUUAAUGUAGAAGAAUCAGAGUCAGUUUUUUAAAAAACUGUGCUGCUGAACUUUUUUGUCAUUUUUUUAGUAUGAGACUUUGUUGUCAAUAUCAAAUGGUUAAAAUAUCAACUUUUGCUUAAAGACUUUUAAAGUACUUGAAUUU